GUCACGUGAGCGGCGGCGGCGGCGGCGUCAGCUGAUCGCGGCGCGGCGGCGGUGGCGAUGGACUUUCUGCUGGGGAACCCUUUCAGCUCCCCCGUGGGGCAGCGCAUCGAGAGAGCUACCGAUGGGUCCCUACGGAGCGAGGACUGGGCUCUCAACAUGGAGAUCUGUGACAUCAUUAACGAGACUGAAGAAGGGCCCAAAGAUGCUUUCCGAGCCAUUAAGAAGAGAAUUGUAGGGAACAAGAACUUCCAUGAAGUUAUGCUGGCUUUGACGGUUCUGGAGACAUGUGUCAAAAACUGCGGCCACCGCUUCCAUGUCCUGGUGUCCAGCCAGGACUUUGUAGAAGGUGUCCUAGUGAGAACAAUCCUGCCGAAGAACAACCCACCUGCCAUAGUGCACGACAAGGUGCUGACCCUCAUACAGUCCUGGGCAGAUGCCUUCCGUAGCUCACCGGAUUUGACUGGUGUCGUUGCUGUCUAUGAAGACCUGAGACGGAAGGGCCUAGAGUUCCCCAUGACUGACCUGGACAUGCUGUCACCCAUCCACACGCCACAGAGGACUGUGUAUAGCUCUGACUCCCAAUCCGGACAGAACUCACCUGCAGUCAACUCCCCUCAGCAGAUAGAGUCCAUCCUCCAUCCUGUCACCUUGCCCACUGGGAGAGGCUCAUCCAGUGACGCACCCAUCACACCCACACCAGAGCAGAUUGGGAAGCUGCGCAGUGAGCUGGAAGUGGUGAAUGGGAACACAAAGGUCAUGUCGGAGAUGCUGACGGAGCUGGUGCCGUCCCAGGCUGAGCCUUCUGACUUGGAGCUGCUGCAAGAGCUGAAUCGGACAUGCAGAGCCAUGCAGCAGCGUGUACUGGAGCUGAUUCCCCGUGUCCUCCAUGAGCAACUCACCGAAGAGCUGCUUCUCAUCAAUGACAACCUCAAUAACGUGUUUCUGCGCCAUGAAAGGUUUGAGCGCCUUCGGACAGGACAGCCUGUCAAGGCACCAAAUGAGGCAGAGAACAGCUUGAUUGAUCUGGGACCCAGUACUCCUUCUACAUUAAAGCAGCCUGAAGUCACCAACAACCUUUCCUCUCAGCUGGCUGGAAUGAACUUGGGCUCGAGCAGUGUAAGCGCGGGGCUGCACUCCCUCGACACCUCUGGCAAGCUGGAAGAAGACUUUGACAUGUUUGCCCUGACCCGUGGCAGCUCGCUGGCUGAGCAGCGCCGAGGGGUAAAGUACGAAGAUCCCCAAGCCACCAAAGGACUCGCUGGUGCCCUAGAUGCCCGGCAGCAGAACACAGGAACAGUGCCAGUUCCUCAAGCCAAUUUCAUGGAAGACAUAGAAAAGUGGCUCUCCACUGAUGUGGGUGAAUCAGAGGAUGCAAAAGGUGUCACCAGCGAAGAGUUUGACAAAUUUCUGGAAGAGCGAGCGAAAGUUGCAGACCGCCUACCCACUUUGUCCAGCUCCUCAGCAGGGAGGUCUGUCUCCCCUCCAACUGCCAGCCAUCAUCGGAAGCAAGCAAAGGAAGAUGAUGCUAUGUUUGCUUUGUGAAUGCUAUGGACCGGUGUGCUGUGGAGCAAGAGGCUGUGUGUGCUGUUUUGCUUGCCUCCAACCAGGGGCCAGCAGAGGAAGGACUCUGUCCCCUUCCUCCAUUCUCUUCCUCUUUUACCUUUGAGUUGUUUUUAUUAUUAAGCUGCUUUCAGACUUCAGAUAAUCUUUGUUGUGUUUAGGGAUAUCACACGAUAGACUUGUGAAGGGGAGUUUCAAAGCUGCUAGAAGAAUGUGGGAGUUCAGUGGGCUUUUCUCUUUUUGGUACAGUGUGGGCAAAGCAGAAGGAGCUCUGGAAGAAGCUCCCCAUCCUACUCUCCAGUGAUGUAGUUAGAGAUCUUGCCCAAGAAACAGGAGAGGCUGCAGUCUGCUGCUGAAAUCAUUCCUGCCUGCCUCUUCCCUCACCCCUUCCCUAGACUGGAUCUCCAGCCCUCUGCCUGCCAGUAUUAGACUGGAAAGCACAGGGAUGUGAAGCGUUACUGGUGGCCAAGGAGGAACACUAAUGGUAGAGGGACCCUGUUGCUCUAAUCUCUCUUGCACAAGUGCUUGUGGUAUGCAACACCUUCCCACUCAUAACCCCUUCUCUUCCUCAUCCUUUCCUCCCCUUCCCCAUCAGUUUAUCCAGAAUCCUACCCACAGCCCAGAUGUUUUCAUUGCAAGACAGCCAGUUACCCAGGCCCUUGGCAGCACACAGGGCUUGAGCUGCAAGCGGUACCCCAGGCUGAAGGGGCUGUCUCCUAUGGGGUAGGAUGUGCCUUCAGCAAACUAUCUGCAGUUAAUUUAAUUCUCCCAUUAUUAUACUUUUCUCCCGACGUGAUCCUACCCCUCUCUCUCACUUCCACUGAUGCCUUUCACCACAUCGUGCCGUGGUGUGGGGAGUUUCUCCAUACAGACUCCCUCAGGGUAGCUGUAUGUUCUGGGGUCGCAGAGCUGUGUUCCCUAAAGCAGGAGGCCCUUACAUUAGCACUGUUACACCACUGGGGGGAACAUGCUGUUGCUGCAGUUCAGCUGGUGAGCACAGGGGCGAAGCAAGACAUCCAUCAUCUCAUGCCAGCCAAGCAGCCCUACAGCAGCCAGGAGCUCCUUCGUACAUGAGGAGCAAAACCCUUUGGAGCAAACUUCACAUGCUGCCUGAUUGUAAAGGAAAACCAGGGAGGAGGGUGCCAAGCCCAGGGCUCCUGCUUGUGGGAUUUCUUGUUGAGUGUGGGAGAGCUGCCUUUUUUUACUGCACAUUAAAGGAGCAAAGACUUGAGCCUCCCUUGAA